UUUUCCCCUUUCUUUCUUCAUCAAUUCUCAAAACUCAUAUUUUCUUCCUAACAAUCAAAAUCAAAAUUGUUACAAAAUGGCGAACGCAGCAUCAGGAAUGGCUGUGGACGAUGAAUGUAAGCUCAAAUUCCAGGAGCUAAAAGCAAAGAGAUCAUAUCGAUUUAUCACGUUUAGGAUUGAAGGCCAACAAGUAGUGGUUGAUAAGAUUGGAAUGCCAGAUGAAAGCUAUGAAGAUUUUACCAAUUCCUUGCCUCCUAAUGAAUGUCGUUACGCCGUCUUCGACUUCGAUUUCACCACCGAUGAAAACUGUCAGAAAAGCAAGAUCUUCUUCAUUGCCUGGUCUCCGGACACAUCAAGGGUUAGAAUGAAGAUGGUGUACGCCAGCUCAAAGGACAGAUUCAAAAGAGAACUUGAUGGGAUUCAGGUGGAGUUACAGGCUACAGAUCCCAGUGAAAUGAGCUUUGAUAUCAUUAAAUCGCGAGCAUUAUGAGCAUCUUACAAUACAUCCAUUCUUGUGCUGUGCAUCUUUUACUUGAUCAUCAUCUAUUUUUAUUUUUUAGCUAAUUCUAUUUUUUUAUUUAUUUGUCACCAACAUUGUUAUUUUAAGUCUAAAGAACCAUAAAAACAAGGGUCCUAACUGGAUUUUCAUUAUUUUUUGGUUAUCCUAUUGCUCGUUUCUGUGUUACUAUAUAAAAAUUGUUAAGGUUCU